AUGGCUUCAUCGCAUUCUUCGACGUCAUCUCAAGGUUGCAUACUACCCGAUGAUCUGAUCCACGAUAUUUUAUUGCAAUUGCCUGUGAAAUCGCUUCUUCGAUUCAAAUCAGUAUGCAAGUCUUGGAAAUCUAUAAUCACCAACCACAAAUUUACCAUAGCCCAUUCACGCCUUACAAUGCACAACUUUUCGUCUUUUCUGAUGGUUCGAUCCGAUAAAACAUUGUUCUCUCUGAGUAUAAGUCUUAAUCCGUACGGUAACACUACCGAUAUCAAAGGUAAAUUCGUAGGAUUACCUUCAAAAUUAGUGUUGGAAGAUGGUUUCUUUUAUCCGCUUGGAUCAUGUCAGGGACUCUUAUGCAUUUAUGCUUUUGACAAUAAGAAAACAAGAAAUAUUUAUCUAUGGAAUAUUGCGACCAACAUUUGCAGGUGUAUCAAAUCCCCUCCGAUAAAACCUGGAUAUUAUAGGGUUUUGAAAUGCGGGUUUGGUUUUGUUUCUUCUACUAAUGACUACAAAAUCUUACUGGUAAUCGGGUAUGGGUCUGAUAGUACUCGUAUUACAAUUCAUGUAUACUCAUUACGGAAUGAUGAAUGGAGGAAAUUAGAUAUAAAUACGGUAAAGGUUCUACCUGGAGUUCUCAUCCGAGGUUACAACAAUACUAGAGGGUUUAGUCCUCGGGUAGUGGAUCCAGUUGUAUUGAAUGAAGCAUUACAUUGGGUGGUUGAUUCAAUCAUCCUCAAAUUUGAUUUAGUCACUGAAACAUUUGAAAUACUAUCGAAUCUAAUUCAAACCGAAGAUGUUAGAUUUUCACAACUUACAUUAAUUGGGGUAACAGAAGACAAUAAAUUGUGUCUUUGUCAGCAAGAAAUGUUAGGCUAUAGGGAGCCUUUUAACAUUGUGACAUGA